AUGACACUUAUACAUAUGGUCCUUUUCAAGUUCCGCGCCGGAGUCAGCGAAGAACAAAAGACGAAAUUCAUCCAAGAGCUCAAGACGCUGAAAAAUCUACCUUCAGUCAAGAACGGACGUCUUAUUGUCGGUAGCCCCAGCGUUACGGAUCCCAUUGAGCGCAGCAAAGGAUUCCAGAUUGCCCUCGUGAGCUACCACGAAGAUCUGGCGGCUUUGGCAGAAUACCAAGCAAGCGAGGAGCAUCACCGAGUGACAUCUACAUACUUUAUUCCGUACAGGGAGGAUCUAGUUCGCUUUGAUUUUGAGGUUGACGCGGAGGAUGAAUACAUGUGCCAGUUUCCUGGUUUCCCCGGCUGCGAUCGGAAGGCCCGCUUAUCCACCGGAUCUUCCCCGUCAGGCCCUUCUCUUCUCUACAAACCUCUCCACGUUUCGAAGAACCGGAAAACCCUUAUUAUACAGUUUAGAAUUGACGUUGCAGGUAUCUCAAUUGGCCCGUUCCCUCGAAACCCGAGAUGGACUCGCCGAGGAGGACACGGAACAGAGCCGCCUGCAAACGCUGCCAGCGACGGAAAAUCCGCGUAUGCUACCACAGUCAAGCUCCCCGAACUAAAGCUAAACAGUCGACAGUGCGAUGGCAAUAUUCCCUCCUGUGGCUCCUGCUUGAAAGCUGGUGUCGCCUGCAUCAACGAUGGCAAACAGGAAGUUCAUCGCUCGUACAUCGCGAAUAUAGAGAAUCGGAUCAAAUGGCUCGAAUCGAUCGUGCGAGAUCGAUGCUCCGAUGUCGAUUUGGACCAUGGUCUACCGCGCCCUCAAGAGACAUUGGAUGAGACAAUGCAGACGGAAACGCUCAACGACAGCAGAGACGAUGACGCCCAGGUUUAUCAUCAACCGUCCCAAGAUGCCGUCCAGGAGAGACGAGAAAAUCAGCCCGAGGUUAGCCCGCGCAUCAUAAUAUCAGGAAAUCAAGAGGUUCUACGAGCCCCUUCGCGAGCUGCUGGAGUCAAUGAAGAAUCUCAGCAAGCGCACGAGAUCGGGCUCGUGUCACUAUCUCCAGGUGGUGACCGUCGGUACAUCGGACCUUCGAGCGGAUACUUCUUUGCGCAACGGAUCCUCAAAAGUGCUGGUUGCCGCGGCGCGCCUAGGACCUCAUCUAUUACUGCCUCCUCGGAUUCCAACCGUCUGUCCCUCGAGCUGCUGAAUACCCCAGCGGCGAUGCCGGCUCAAAAGCAAAGCACAGUCGAACUAUCGACCAAGUACUUUCGAACAGUACACCUUCUCUACCCCUUCCUGCAUGAACAGACGCAUAUGGAAGCUAUCAAUCGAGUAUACGCUUCCCACGACAAUGACCCUCUGGACACCUUUCAGGUCUAUAUGGUUCUGGCGAUCGCUUCUCUCAACCUGUCACGACAGUGCAAGGUGCAUCUCCCUGUAGAGGGCUACUACGCAUCGGCGAUGAAACAUCUCGACCACGUCUGCAACCUCGGAUCCGUAACUUCUCUUCAGUGCCUACUACUUCUGAUGGUCUAUGCGCUGUACAACCCAAGCUGCAAUAUCAACAUCUGGAACCUCAACUACCAGUGUCUCGCGAGCGUGAUCGACCUGGGGCUUCAGCGCGAUGUCCGGGCUUCUGAAUCGCUCCAUAUAUCAGUUUUCGAUCAGGAAAUGCGGACCCGUAUAUUUUGGGUCGUUUAUACGUUUGACCGGACAGUGUGCACCAUGAUGGGUCGUCCAAUCGGCAUCAGAGACGAAGCCUGCGACAUACGGUUUCCGUUAGCGAUUUCAGAUCGUGAUCUCACCAGAAUCAGCCCCGACUGCCAGACGUACGACCAAUCGUCCUCACACAUAUCAUCCUCGAUUCACCUCUUCAAACUGGCUCAGCUUAACUCAGAGAUAAAGUACAUCAUGCACAGCAUCAACCGCGAGGCUCCUGCCUAUGCUCUCCCCGUCAUCAGAGACAUUUUAACAUGGCAACAAGGAAUGGUCCAGUCGCUGGACAACUGGAACGCCGCAAUUCCACCACAGACGGGCGGCGGCAGCACCGAGAUAGUACAUUUAUGCCGGGCGAAAUACCACGAAACGAUGAUUCUUUUAUUACGACCCAGUCCCGGGAUCCCAAACCCCUCUGAUGCCAUUCUCGAUGAAUGUUUCAACCACGCUCUUGCUCUACUCCGAGAGUUCAGCGAGCUCUAUGCAACCGGUAAUCUCCUCUACAACCGGCUAGUCGUGCACUCUAUCUUCCUCGGCACCCUAGUCAUGCUGAACUGCAUCUGGAAACUGCCAGCGACAGCCGCCAGAGUCCCGGUGGACGAGCUGAUCUCCAAGUUCAAUACCACGCAGAAUAUCCUCAGUAGCAUUGGCGAACAUUGGUUCGAGGCUACGAGGGCGCGUGACUGCAUCAAGGAACUAUCCACCGUGACAAUCCAGCGACUUUUAAAAACGCAAGUGACCGGAGCUGCUGUUGCCGCACAGCCUUCUCUACCCCAGCCUUUCACGCCACUGUCGCAGCAGUACGCCCUCGGCAGAACCCAGGGCGAGGGUGAGGUUACCUCACAACCUGGAAACCACGGCGACUUCCCUGUAGCCCCAGUGCACUUGGCCGCUCCAGAUGCCGAGAUGCAUACGAGCUUUGACCAGUCCGGUUCGGCUUCGGAAUUCUCAAACCUAUUCGAUGAUUUCCUGCAGGGUGAUUUUCCUGGUUGGAGCGGGAUGUCUGAUAUAGAUGGGCUUAUGUGGGAGAUCUUCAACAGCACCGCUCAGUGA